AUAUAUUGUUUAGGAAUAUUUUUUUUUUGAACAAAAUUCUUAUUGAUUGAUUUGAUAGUAGAGUACAAAUUUUGUUUGUUUGUUUCUUUCAUUGAUUUCGCUAUCGCUUUUCUAUAAAUUCAUACACAACAGAAAAGAGGACAAUAUUUUUUUUUGCUGUUGCAGAACAAAAACUGAGCUCACAAUAUAAACAAAUUAAUAGAAGCAGAGGCUGAUACAAAAAAGAAAGAAUGUCUAGUCCGGUAAUCGAAACUGGUAGCCGGGACCGUAACCGGAACCGUAGAGAACGAAGCCGUGAAAGCAGACAUCGAUCAUCAUCAAAUCGACAUCAUCGUAACCGUGAUGAUAGUCGUAAGCGUAGCCGAAGCCGUAGUCAUAGCCGUAGCCGUAGUCGCGAUCGAGAUCGAUCAUAUCAUAGCAACAGUCAACGAGGUGCAAAACGAUCAUCUCGUUCUACGGAACCGGAGAAUGAGUUCAGUACAAAAGGACAAGGCCCUCCUCGCAUUGAGGGUAUGAUUUCGCUCAAAGUUGACAAUAUAACUCAUAGAACCACUGUUAGUCAGUUGAAAAGACUUUUUUCUAGAUAUGGUGAAUUGGGAGAUAUUUAUGUACCCAGAUAUCCUGAUUCUUAUAUGACACGUGGAUUUGCAUUUGUACGUUAUUUUCGUAAACGAGAUGCUGAAGAAGCGAUGCGUAAACUUGAUGGUGAACGUCUUGAUGGCCGUGUUCUUAGUAUACAAAUGGCUAAAUAUGCCCGUCCAAAUAGCCGACAACGUAAACGUGCUGAGAAUCGUUCAAAACGUCGAUCCAGAUCGCCCUAUCGAAGAAAAAGUCGUAGCCGCAGUCGUAGUCAUGGCCGUGGUAGUCGACGAUAUAGCCGUUCGAAAAGUUCAACACCAUCAAGACAUCGAUCACGUUCGGCUAGUUCAGCCGAAUCAGAUCGUAGUGAAAAAAUAUCGCCACCACGUGCACGUUCAAAUUCAACGAGUGAUGGUGAGAAAAGAAAUAAAAAUGAUGAUCACAAUAGUUCACAUGCAUCAAGUGGUGAUGAACGAAAUCAUCGAAAUGAUGACGGUAAUGAUGAUCAUCAUAAUGGUUCGGAUAAAGAAACAUCGAAUGAUAAAAAUCGUAAACAACAUCAUGAUUCGGAUGAUAAUGAUCGUAGUCGAGAUUCGAAUGAAGAUUCAAAUGAAGCUCGAAAUAAAGAUGAUUAUGAUGAUGAUGAAAAACGAUCAGAAUCUAACAAUAAUAAUGAUGAUGAUGAUGAUGAAACCGAUUGAAUAUAAAAUUGAUUCAUUUUUUCUUUGAAAUUUGCAUUAAUUACCCAUAUAAAUCAACGUAAUCUCUUUUUUUUUAAAAA